AUGGGCAGAAAUGAGGGGGAUGAGGAGGACAAUGAAGAUGAGCUCUUGGAGGUCCAGAUCCCCAUAGGGGAGGAAGAAUCCGGAGGCCCAGUAGCGGUCCUGAUGCAGAACAUAGACCAAGGACUGGGGGGCUCACUCAGCAGCACGAGGCUCUCUGGGUUCUGGUCUAGCGAAGAUCUUCAGCGAUCAGAACUGAGCAGGCUGAUUGAGAACAUCCGGCUGGCCACUCGGUACGCAGUUCGGAUCUUCAGAGAGUACCUGAGUGGAAAAGCUGAGAUUCUGGACUUUGAGGGUCUAGAUAAGGACACCCUGUGGAUGCUCUUACCCUCCUUAUAUGCAGAUUCACACUCCUGGAGCAGACAGGUCUACAGCAAAUCCUCCCUGAUCAGCAUCAGGAGUUCCCUUAACCGGUACCUUAACAAGCUGCCCCACUGCUGGAUUCUGGACCUGACAAUGGACCCAGAGCUGCGCAGCACUAAUCUGAUCCUGCCCAUGGUGAUCUGGAGCCUGGAGAUCUGGGAUUUGGCUGACCCUGAUGGAAAAGGCUUUCUGGAUAAACAGGGGUUUUAUGUUGCUCUUCGGUUGGUGGCCUGUGCCCAGAGCGGUCAUGAAGUCAGUUUGUCCAACCUGAAUCUCACAGUCCCUCCUCCAAAGUUUAAUGACACCAGCAGCCCAUCUCUGAGCGCCAUGGCCCAUGGCUCAGGUGACUCCCACUGGGCCGUCAAGCCUGAGGAGAAAAAUAAGUUUGAUGGGAUUUUUGAAAGUCUGGCUCCAGUGAACGGUCUGCUGUCAGGAGAGAAGGUCAGACCGGUUCUCAUCAACUCCAAACUGCCUCUGGACAUCCUUGGGAAGGUCUGGGAUCUGAGUGACAUCGACAAAGAUGGACAUCUGGACAGAGAUGAAUUUGCAGUUGCCAUGCACCUGGUGUACCGGGCCCUGGAGAAGGAGCCUGUUCCUGCCCUCCUCCCCUCUGCUCUCAUCCCUCCAUCUAAGAGGAAGAAGAGUCUCUGCUUGGUAACAGGCACACUUCCUGGACUACCAGCCAGCCCCCCACCACCCAAAGACUCCCUGCGCUCUACACCAUCCCACGGCAGCAUGACGUCACUCAACAGCACCGGCAGCCUGUCGCCCAAACACACACUGAAGUCGGGACAGUAUACGUUAAACUGGGUGGUCUCGGUGUCAGAACGUGGGCGAUACGAUGACAUCUUCCUGAAGAUGGACGCCGACCUUGAUGGGUUUGUGAGUGGACAGGAAGUGAAAGAUAUCUUCAUGCAGUCUGGACUUUCUCAGAACAUUCUGGCACAUAUAUGGGCUUUGGCAGACACCAGACAGAUGGGCAAACUAAGCAAGGAGCAGUUUGCCCUCGCCAUGCAUCUCAUUCAACAGAAAGUGAGUAAAGGCAUCGAUCCUCCGCAGACGCUGACCGCUGACAUGAUCCCUCCCUCUGAGAGAGGCACUCCAGUACCAACUAUCUCAGGAUUUAUGACUCCAGUUGGAUCAGAGAUGGCAGCUUUGUCAGAAGUUCGAAGGGACAGCUCUAGUUCCAUGGGUUCAGGAGAGUUCACUGGCAUCAAGGAACUGGAUGAUAUCAGCCAGGAGAUCGCCCAGUUGCAGAGCACUCUUGCCUUUAUCCAGUGGAAUACACUCAGGGAGAAGUACACUCUGGAGCAGGACAUCAGGGAGACAGAGGAGGCUGUCAGACAGAAGUCUGCAGAAGUGCAGGAGAUGCAGAAUGACCUGGACAGAGAGACCAUCAGCCUGCAGGAGCUGGAGGCUCAAAAACAAGAUGCUCAGGAUCGCUUGGAGGAGAUGGACCAGCAGAAACAUAAACUGGAAGACAUGCUGAACGAAGUGCGCAUGAAGUGUCAGGAGGAGUCUCAGAUGAUCUCAACUCUUCAGAGCCAAAUUCACUCGCAGGAGUCAGACCUUCUGUACCAGGAGGAAGAGCUUAGUCAAGCAAAGGCCAACCUAGACAGGCUGCAGCAGGAGGAGAGUCAGCUGGAGCAGAGCCUUGCUGCUGGCAAGAUCCAAUUAGAAACCAUCAUCAAAUCUCUGAAGUCCACCCAGGAUGAGAUAAACCAGGCUCGCAGCAAGUUGUCCCAGAUUCAGGACAAUCAACAGGAAGUGUCUAAAAGCAUUGAGCAGUACAACAGCACGUUGAAUGGAACCCACGGAGGCAGCAUGACCAACCUGGCUGACAUGAGCGAGGGCUUCAAUGACAGAGAGAAUGAAGGGUUCUCAGCCCCACGGAGGCUCGGACAGGAGGAUUCAUUUAAAGUAAAGUCAUCAGUGUUCAACAGCCAUCCUCAAGAACCUCACACGGACCCCUUCCACUCAGAAGACCCUUUUAAAACAGACCCAUUCAAAGAUCCUUUUGGGGGAGACCCGUUUAAAGACACAGAUCUAUUCAAGACUUCAUCAGAGGACUUCUUUAAGAAGACCACCAAAGUGGAUCCUUUCUCCACACCAGACCCCUUUAGUAAAAGUGCCACCCUGCCCUCCAAGCAAACCAGUUACUUUACAAGCACUGACCCAUUUUCUUCAAGCCACUCUAAACCCAGAGGACCAGAUCUCUUCAGCCCUUUAGACCCGUUUGGAAGCAGCUCAUUCAGCAGCAGCACGAACACCUACUCUGGGUUUGCAGACUUCAGCCACAUGUCCAAACCCAAAGACUCUUUUGAAGGACGGGCCAGCUGGCUGCCAGACUACCAGCAGGCAGUGUUUGUGGACGACCCAUUCAGCAGGAAAGGUGACAUGCCAGCUCUGCCUCCAAAAAAGAGUAUCCCUCCAAGACCUUUACCGCCCAGUGGUAAAACAACACCAGUGAGUUUGACUGGCACCACGGACUCUUCCAAACCAUGUGACCCCUUCCAGUCAUUCACUUCUGACGUCACUGACCCAUUCCAAAGUAAAAAAGGACCAGGAGACCCAUUCAGUGGAAAAGACCCCUUCACCCCAUCUUCAGCACCAAGACCUGAUAAAGUCAAGUUUGGGAAUGAGUCUCAGCAAUUGGAGUGGGCCAAGCGUGAGAGUGAGCGGGCAGAGCGUGAGCGGCUGAAGAGACUCCGACAGCAGGAACAGGAGGAUCUGGAGCUGGCCAUUGCUCUCAGCAAGGCCGAGAUGUCCAACGCAUGACCUGAAACCACCUCACCACUGGCCGUCAAGGAACCAGAACUAUGACUGAACAUUCAACCAUGUAGACAUGAAGCCCAGAACUCCCUUGACUCACUGAUGUAUAUUCUGCAACACAAAGAACAUGUCCAUACAAGUCCAUCAGUUCAUGUUGACUAAACAAGGAACCUCAGUGUGGACCUGAUGUCCUGAUGGAACGGUUAACCAAGCCGACAAGAUCAUCAAACACCUUAGCAGUAUUCAAUCCAAGCAGCUCCUCUCCACCUGAUAUCUCACAAUGGUACAAUCAGCACACCAACAAGAAGCACUGAAUCACAAAAGAGCUGUGGCAGAAGUUUUCCCAAGUGCAGAUCAGUUCCUGUUGGUGUCUAAACAGGUGAACCUAACACUAUGAUUCCACUUACACUGCUGUUUCCUCCCAGAAGACUUUGUUCUGAUUGGAUAAGUCAAG